AUGACUUCUAAAUCCAAACUAAUACAGCUAGCCGGGUUGCUACUCAUAGUCCUUCUCGCUAGCAUUGGCUUUUGUGAUGCUGCUUCUCCAUCAACCAGAUUGACAAGAUUUGCCAAUCUACCAGCAAAGGUCGCAUACGUAAAUGAUGCAAGCGUUGUAUUCUAUCAUGAUUCUAUCAAAGGGGAUGUGUGGCGAUCGCAAGAUGAAGGAAAGACGUGGCAAUUGGUAAAUGGUCCGCCAAGCGGAAGUGCAUACAUUCUGAUCGAACAUCCUUACGAUCGAAAUAUGGUAUUCAUCUUGUCAAACGCAAAGAAGCAUUGGAGAUCGACCGAUCAAGGAAAGACAUGGCAUCCUUUCGAAACGCCUGAAUCACCAGCAGUACGUGCAGGCUCUCCGCUUGAAUUCAACGCAGACGAGAAAAAGUACGAGCAUAUCAUCUUUACAGGAAAGAAAUGUACAAUGUGGACACCUUGGGGCGGUGGCUUGUGUCAUGAUGAGGCAUACUACACCAGAGAUGCUUUUGCGACUCCACCGCAAAUGUUGGUGGAAUUUUUGAUGCAUUGUACAUUCGCAAAAUCGUCAAAAGAUGUAAAGGUAAAGCCAGAGCAUCUCGAACGGAUAUACUGCAUCGCUUGGGAAGACACCCGGUCAGCAGACAAGAAUAUGCAAAAGAGAGUGCCUCUCUCCAGUCCUACCCGGCUGUAUUACAGUGACGACUUUUUCAAAACCAAAAAGAUGGUCACGCUAGAUCUUGGAAGGGAUGCGAAGCACUUUGUCGGAUUUGGCCCUUCAAAAAGGUAUCUCGUAACGGCUCUUCGUGAUAUCCAGAGCAGCUCACGCGGAAAUGCAGGAAUGGAGAUGGCGCUCUUUGUAUCUGAAGAUGGUGAUCAAUGGCACAAGACAAACUUCCCACAUGGUGCAGGGCUAACAGAAGGUGCAUACACCAUUAUCGAAGGAACGACAAAUUCACUGGUAGUAGAUGUCCUCGACGUUAGCUUAGGAGGACAAACAGGAACGCUUUUCGUCAGUAAUUCAAAAGGGACCGACUUUGUCAAGAGCCUGGAAGGAACCAGCAGAAAUAGGAAUGGUAUUGUGGACUAUGAGCAUUUGAUGAACAUCGAUGGUGUCGCAGUAGCAAAUGUUCGCGCAGAUAUUCAUUUUGGAGGGGAGACAAAACAUGGAACUGGAACAAAGUCGCUCAUCACAUUCAAUGACGGCAGCAAUUGGCGUUUCUUGAAUCCUCCAGCAGGUCAGUGUAAAGGUCAAGAUUUGAAAGAUUGUUCUUUACACCUCUAUUCUGUCACGAGACCCCAUAAUGUGGGAAGAGUCUUUUCCUCUACGGCACCUGGCUUUGUGAUGGGAGUAGGUAGCGUGGGUCAAGCACUCAUGCCGUACGAAUCUUGCGACACCUUUUUGUCUACGGAUGCUGGACAAACGUGGAUCAAGGUGGCAGAUGGCGCACAUAAGUACGAAUUUGGAGAUCAAGGAAAUUUGCUCCUAAUGGUCAACGAUGAGGAGAGCACGAACGAGGUGUCCUAUAGCUGGAACCAUGGUAAAAAGUGGGAAAAGCUUAGAUUGCCAGCCACAAUGCGAGCCAAGAUCUUGACAACGAUUCCCGAUGGAACUGCGCAGAAGUUCAUUCUGAUCGGAAGUCAGACCAGAAAAGAGGCCGGCACAAACAAGGAUAGACAAGUCGCAAUCUUCUUAGACUUUGAUGGUGUGAAGCGGAGAUGUCGUCCUGGUGAUAUGGAAGUUUGGAAAGUGAAAUUGGACGGCCAGCAAGGCAAAUCAGCCUGUUUGAUGGGACAUACUCAAUCAUACCAGCGCCGAAAGGCAAAUGCUGAUUGUUUCGUUGGUGACAAAUUCCACGAGCCUAUUGGAGCAGAAGAGCCAUGUCCAUGCACAGAAGAUGAUUACGAGUGUGACUUUGGCUUUGUUCGCAGUCAAGACGGCAAAACUUGUGAGCCAACGACUCGUAUCCGCAUACCUCCCGGUCAGUGCAUGGGAGGCGAUCGUACUUUCAAGGCAAGCUCUGGAUAUAGAAAGGUCGCAGGCAAUCUAUGCCGCGGUGGUAAGACGCAAGACGAGGAGAAGAGCUAUCCAUGCGAUCAAGGAGCACCUGUUGAUGGACAAGUGAUCCAUCAGGUCCAUACAUUCCCAGGUCAAAUAUUCGAUCAUAUCUACUUCUCUGACAGUUCAAAUGUUGUUCUUCAGCUUACAGAUGGCACUUUGUGGAAAUCGAUAAACGAUGGCUAUAGCUGGAUGCAGAUUGAACGACCGAAUGAUCCUACUUAUCCAGGCUCCGGGUUCUUAACGAUGGCUCUGCAUACCUAUGAUCGAACCAGAGGAUUCUUGAUCACAAACGGUCAGCGAUAUUUGCGAACUACAAACGGUGGCAAAGCAUGGCAUGAUUUCAAUACAGCGCCUUUACCGCCCAACUCUCUGGGUAUACCAGUCUUACAAUUCCAUCCUACCAAACCGGAUUGGUUAAUUUGGACGGGCAGUCGGGGUGAUUGCAUCAGCAAUGAGAGUAUCGACUGCAGAGCAGUUUCAUACUAUACCCGUGACAACGGACAAAGGUGGCACAAGAUUGACGAAUACGUUCGAAAUUGCAUGUGGGCAAGCGCUUCGAAGAAAUUCAAUGCUCCGGAUGAUACUGCAAUCAUUUGCGAAUCAUAUCGUGACAAGAAAGGUAAUCAGAGAGCGUUUGAUGCAUCCAAUCCUCUCACAUUGGUGCAUGGAAUGAACUUUUACCAGAAGCAUGUCCAAGUUCUUAAUGCUAUCGAAGGUUCUGCUGUCUUUGAUGAGUUCAUGGUAGUGGCAGAAUACACUGCUGAUUCCGAUAUGCUUACAUUGCAGAUCAGUCUUGAUGGCUUACGAUUUGCAAAGGCAAACUUCCCGCCGAACACCAAGCUAGAACGAAGAGCAUUUACAGUCUUAGAUAGCAACACCGGUAGUGUCUUCUUGCACGGAAGUGAAUGGGGCAGCCUGUUCCGAAGCAAUUGGAACGGUACUUACUACACUACAACAUUGGAACAUGUGAAUAGAGAUACCAGCGGAUAUGUAGAUUUCGAAAAGAUGCUUGGAUUAGAGGGAAUCGCACUUGCAAAUGUUGUUUCAAAUCCUGACGAAGCUGCAAUUUCGGGAGUGAAGAAAAUUCAAACAAAGAUCACCCAUAAUGAUGCCGGUCGUUGGAAAACACUAACGCCACCGCUGAAAGACUCCAAUGGAGAGCCAUACAAAUGUCAGGAGGUCGGGUGCACGCUACACAUUCAUGGCUACACUGAACGCGAUGAUCCAAGAGCUACCUACAGUAGUCCUACUGCUGUUGGAGUUAUGUUGGCAGUUGGUAAUGUGGGUAAAAACUUGGCGCCAUAUCGUGAUAGUGACACAUUCUUGACCAGAGACGGUGGUUUUACAUGGGAGGAAGUACACAAGGAUGCACAUAAAUGGGAAUUCGGCGAUCAAGGCUCUUUACUCGUGAUUGUGAAUGACGAGGAGCCCACAAGUACUGUUUCGUAUACACAAGAUGAAGGCUUAACUUGGUCGGAGUAUAACUUUGGACAAGCAUUGAGAGUGUCCAAGAUUGUCACAGUGCCCGAGGAUACCCACCGGAAAUUUAUCUUGUUUGGCGCCUCACCAUCUUCUUCUGACACAGCAAUGGCAGUUCAUUUGGACUUCACCGGUUUGACUUCGAAGAAGUGUGAUACAAAAGAUUUCGAGACUUGGAGCCCAACGGGAUUGGCAAAUGAUCGAUGCCUAUUUGGACGGGAAGUGUCGUAUUAUCGUAGAAAGCGAGAAGCCAAUUGUUAUGUCGGCAGACAAAUCGCACAACCACAUGAAAACGUGCGCAAUUGCACUUGCACUGUACACGACUUCGAAUGCGAGUACAAUCAUCGUCCUGAUCCUAGCGAUCCAACAAGAUGUACUCUGUACCCUGGUGCCCGACCUAUUCAAGCAAACGAAGAAGAACAAUGCCUGUUGAGCAACGAUGUUGAUGCAGGAACAUAUUGGUAUGACCGUACAACUGUGCGUAAAGUUCCUCAUUCUUCAUGUCAAGGAGGACCACGACCAGAUCGAGGCAAACGUCAUUAUUGCACCAUGAGCACACGUCGUCAUGGCUGGUUCUGGUGGUUAAGUUUGAUCAUUACGCCGUUCGGACUUGCUGCUUUGGUAGGAUUAUGGUGGAGUAAGAAGACCGAAGCCCAAAGAGCAGGAUUUGGAAGUAUCCGCCUUCCUGGAGUGAAUGGGAACGGAUUACCGAACGGCAAUGACUUUGGAGAUAAUAAGGUUUUGCAAACUUUGGCAAGCGUGCCUUGGUUCAUUGUUGGAACUGCAAGUAUGGUCUGGAGUACGGCUUUGAAUGCCGCUGAACGAUUGCCAGUCGUGGGCAAUUUACUGGGAAACCGAACACGUACUCGUGCCUCUUAUGGUGGAUAUCGAACGUUGCGACCAAACGAUUCAGAUGCUGAAAUUUUACGUGAUUACGAAGAAGAUGAGUUGGAGGGUUGA